UGGAUUGUUAAUUAUUGUGUUUUAGUUUGCUUUAGUUUUGCCGCCUUGUUGAGAACAAUGGCUCGCAGGCUUUGUUCCCGCCUCUUGUUCCUUAGAACGCCGAAACCCUGUUGGCUGCCACCACAACCAUUUUCAAGGUCAGAAUCUCUUCUGAACCCACUGCUAAGCUCUUCUAAAAAUCAUCUUAAUGGCGGGUUUGAUCCGAAUUUUCAAGUAUUGCGAUCGUAUGCUCGUGAAGGGCGUAAACAUUACGAUCUCUUUGGGAGCAAAACGCCAGGAGAUGAAGAUUUCAGGAAGGUCUGGCAGAAAGAGAUUGAUGAAAAUGAGACCCUAUGGACUGGCAGCGAAGAUGACAGUGAUCCCGAAAAUGAUUCCAAAACCGACCGGAACUGCCUGGAAAGAGAGAUACGGAAAGCCAGACAGCAGGCCAAAGAUCGUUCGGAGCUAAUCGAUGCUGAUGACAGUGAUGAGUUAAGGAGUGUUUGGUCUGGAAGCGAUGAGGAAAAGACGUUAUGGACUGGUAGUGAAGGUGAUGACGAUGAUGACAUUCCUACAGAACCUUACCCUAAUGAAGCUAGCGAUAAGUACAUAGACAAACUUUUCGAGUUUGAGGAAAAACCGAAGUACAGGACGAUCUCAGAGCUACUGAAAUCCGAAAAAGAACCCGAGGAGCUAUCGCCAGGUAAGAAAGCAAGGAAGCUAGCGGUAGAGAAUGCAUUGAAGAAACUCAAGAAAGGACCGGAUGGGCGAUAUACGAAUGUUUGGGAAGUGAUGAGUGAUAUCGACAUAUUAAUAGGAGCGUUCGAGAACAUAGUUUCGGGGCCGGAAUAUGAGGAGCUCCGGAAAGGAGGACCUAAGAAAUUGAACAUGGAAUUUUUCAAGGAUAUUCAAGCACGAAUGAGGGAUCCGAACUACAAGUUUUCGCCGGAGUUGAAGUUGAAACCAAAGAGCAAGCUGGUUCCGAAAAAGAAAUGGCAGAAGACACAGUCUAGACGUAGGAAAGCUCAAAAGCGUUAGCCAACACAUUUGAAAUUGCCUUUACCUCUAUAUUAUUUGUAUCCCGCCGA